AGCUAGUAAUGUUACAUCCUGUAAAUAUUUAUAACUUGGCAUCGCACAAGGUCGCAGUUUUCUCUGUCUGUUAAUAAAAUAUUGACACUACUACGGAUAUUUACUGAAUACUAUUAUAGUUAGCAAAAACAUUAUGUAUGUGUAAUUUAAAAUGAGAUUUAAACAAGAUUGAAGGCAAGUACAUUUUUAUAACAAGGAAGAUAACAAGUGUAACAGAUUGACUGUGAUCGGUGAAGUCCCUUGAAAAUUGCAACAAGGAAGAAUGUAUUGUACUUUCCAGACAGACGUUGAGCAGACAUCAUGCACAAUCUCAAGAAAAUUGUGACUUAUUUCAUUUUGUCACUUUUUGAAUUUUCUUCAGGAAUGACUGAAUUUCCAUGUCAAUUUCCCUGUCCAUGGCACAAUAAAACAUUUACUUUUUACUCUUCUGGUGAGACGACUGGAAGGACAUGGAAAUUUUACGCUAAUGGUCAAACAAGCCUGAUGAGCGAUGAAUCACCAUAUAUUUUUAACUGUUAUCAAAUUACAGAACGAUUUCUUAUUGUUAGGAAUGGCGAUUCUGACAGCUUUAGAUGCUUCCCGAUUAAUUAUGAUCCUGAAAUUCCUCUGGAGUUUAUAAUGGGAGGUUGGAAUGCAUUUAGUUUUAUAAACCAUACGGGAGAAUUUACAGAUUUAUGUGGAUUUUGUAAAGAGCCACGUAUUAUAUGGUCACUUUCUGCAACGGGACCACCGUCUAUCUCCACACUGUCGCUUAACUGCACUAGACCAUCAACAUGUCCCCCGCCUGGUGGAGUUUGUGAUAAGAGUGACACCAUCUCAAAAGCAUGCCCAACAACAACUGUUCCAACAACGACUACAGCAGAUCCAACAACCACAAAGAGCCACUGUGGAAAGAAGCAGGAUCAUCGUCCAUUAAUUUAGACAACAACAAAAGACAAACGUGGUCGAGUGUUUCAACUUACAGUUUAAGUACGAAUACAGAUUAAUUGAUAUAAUAAACUAAG